CUUCCAUAUCUAAUUAUCUUUAACUAAAUCAAUUAAUUACCCAUACACAGGGAGCACCAAUAUAGGGAUCAGUAAUUAAUUAAUUGCGCAGGCCGCGGCGGAGGAUAUGGCGAGCAACGGCGGGAACCACCGCGAUCUGGAGGCCGGAAUCCCUCAGCGCAGCCGCAGUGACGGCAGCGCGGGCGGAGAUCCGUUUGAUAUCGAAUCCAUCAAGCGAGCCCCUGCCGAGGCGUUGAAACGAUGGAGGAAAGUAGCACUCGUGUUGAACGCGUCUCGUAGAUUUCGCUAUACUCUGGACUUGAAAAAAGAAGAGCAACGACUGAAGCUGCUCACGAAGAUCAGAUCACAAUCCGAUAUUCCGCCGGAUACAAUACCACGAGCUUUGACUCCUUUGAGUGGCCGGCGAGAAUUGCCCGGAGAAGAAUUGGCGGGAGAUGAAACUCCAGCGGUCACUACUAAACUUGAAGUUGCAAAGCUUGCUGGAAUGCAAUCUUCCGAACUUGCUCUUUCUAUUCUUCACCAACAUGGCGGGGUAGAAGGUGUGGCAAAGCAGUUGAAAUCAGAUCUGGAAAAAGGAAUAAACGAUGAUCAAGUGGAUGAGCAAAAGCGCCAAUAUGGACCCAACACAUAUCCUGAGAAGAAGGGUCCCGGUUUUUGGACAUUUGUUUGGGAUGCUUGCCGGGACAGGACCUUGGUCAUUUUGAUGGUAGCUGCAGCUGCUUCUUUGGCUCUAGGGAUUAAGUCAGAGGGUCUGAAAGAAGGAUGGUAUGAUGGAGGAAGCAUUGCUAUAGCUGUCAUCAUCAUCAUACUUGUAACAGCUGUUAGUGAUUACAAGCAGUCCCUUCAGUUCCAAAGUCUGAAUAAAGAGAAGAAAAAUAUAAAAGCACAGGUGAUUCGAAAUGGGCAAAGAGUUUCAAUCUCAAUAUUUGAGAUUGUUGUUGGUGAUGUUGUACAUCUAGGCAUUGGCAAUCAGGUACCUGCGGAUGGAAUUCUAAUUUCUGGACACUCUCUUAAGCUCGAUGAAUCUAGCAUGACUGGGGAAAGCACCCUUAUAAAUAAAGAUUCAAAACAUCCAUUUUUAUUGUCUGGAUGUAAAGUAGCAGACGGCUUCGGCACCAUGCUGGUAACAAAUGUUGGGAUGGACACAGAAUGGGGACAGCUGAUGGCUAGCAUUUCAGAAGACAAUGGGGAAGAAACACCUCUACAGGUACGUUUAAAUGGAGUUACAACAUUUAUUGGUAUCAUUGGUGUUGGGAUAGCUAUACUUGUUUUGGUUGUUCUUAUGAUCAGAUUUUUCACUGGUAACUCAAAAAAUCCUGAUGGUACGGUACAAUUUAAAGCUGGGAAAACUAGAGUUGGUGCUGCUGUAGACGGUGCUAUAAAAAUCUUUACUGUUGCUGUUACCAUUGUCGUCGUGGCUGUGCCGGAAGGCCUUCCCUUAGCUGUGACUCUGACGCUUGCUUAUUCAAUGAAAAAAAUGAUGGCAGAUAAGGCAUUGGUUAGGAGACUUUCUGCUUGUGAAACCAUGGGUUCUGCAACAACCAUUUGCAGUGACAAAACUGGAACCUUAACUUUGAAUGAGAUGACUGUGGUUGAGGCUCAUUUCUGUGGUAAAAAAGUUGACGUAGCGCAAGCUGAAUCACAGAUGCAGCUAUCUGAUAAUGUCAAGCUUAUUCUUCUUGAAGGAAUUUUACUGAAUACAACUGGCAGUGUUUUUUUUCCUAAGGAUGGUAAAGGAGCUGAGAUCUCUGGAUCACCAACAGAAAAGGCUAUUCUCCAGUUUGGUGUCAAGCUUGGAAUGAAAUCUGAUGAUAUUCAACCUAAACCUCAAAUUAUCAGCGCUUUCCCAUUCAACUCAGAGAAAAAGCGAAGUGGUGUUGUAGUAGAAAGGCAUGAUUCUAAAGUUCGCACACACUGGAAAGGGGCUGCUGAGAUUGUACUUAGCCGCUGUAACCGUUGUAUUGAUGCAAAUAACAAUGUGGUGGAUGUGACUGAAAAAGAGCUGAAUCUCUUCAACGAUGAUAUUACCAAAAUGGCUGAAAGGAGUUUGCGUUGUGUGGCCAUUGCCUACAACUCUUAUGAUGGUGUUGGCAAAGUGCCUACCAACGAGGAAGAUGUUAGCAAAAACCUGAUUUUACUCACUAUCCUAGGGCUCAAGGAUCCUUGCAGACCAGGAGUAAAAGAUGCCGUGGAUUUAUGUAAAAAAGCUGGUAUUAAGGUAAGAAUGGUGACUGGCGAUAAUCUUAAAACUGCAAGGGCUAUAGCUACAGAAUGUGGGAUACUUGAUUCAGAUCGUGCUAGUGAACGAGAGCUGGUGAUUGAAGGAGAAAGAUUCCGACGUUUAUCUGUGCUUGAUCAGGAAAAGACUGCAGAUGAUAUAUCGGUCAUGGCAAGGUCUUCUCCUAAUGACAAACUCCUCCUUGUACAAGCAUUGAGGAAGAAGGGACACAUCGUAGCUGUAACGGGAGAUGGAACUAAUGAUGCUCCUGCUCUACAUGAGGCUGAUAUUGGUCUUGCAAUGGGUAUCCAAGGAACUGAGGUUGCCAAAGAGAGCUCUGAUAUCAUCAUAUUGGAUGACAACUUUGCUUCAGUUGUGAAGGUUGUUCGAUGGGGUAGAUCUGUGUAUGCUAAUAUCCAGAAGUUUAUACAGUUCCAACUUACUGUAAAUGUUGCAGCCCUUGUAAUAAAUGUGGUAGCUGCUAUUUCUGGUGGUGAUGUCCCAUUGAAUGCUGUCCAGCUUCUUUGGGUAAAUCUCAUCAUGGACACUUUAGGGGCCCUUGCUCUUGCCACAGAACCACCUACCGAUCAGCUGAUGUAUAGACCUCCAGUUGGACGAAGGGAACCACUUAUAACAAAUAUCAUGUGGAGAAACCUAAUAAUACAGGCUAUUUAUCAAGUGACUAUUCUUCUAGCUCUCAAUUUUGGAGGUAAAAGAAUUCUGAGUUUGGAGCAUUACAGAAGUGGGGAUGCUAUUAAACUGAGGAAUACUUUGAUUUUCAACUCAUUUGUAUUUUGCCAGGUGUUCAAUGAAUUUAAUGCCCGAAAACCGGAGGAAAUUAAUAUUUUCAAAGGAGUCCAUACAAACCGAUUAUUUGUGGCUAUAGUCACUCUUACUGUGGUGUUUCAGGUUCUUAUGAUCACAUUUCUUGGGAAGUUCACUUCAACUGUUAGACUUAAUUGGAAACUAUGGCUUGUGUCUGUUGCUAUUGGCUUUAUCAGCUGGCCUCUCGCCGUGUUAGGGAAGCUUAUACCAGUUCCAGAGACACCAUUGAGUGAAAUCGUACGCAAUAUUUUCCGAUGUGGAAAGACACGCGAGGGGGUGAACAAGUCAAACCACAUAACUGAGACCUCAUGAAGUUGAUUUUUUUUUACUUCACAACAAUGGUUUGAACAACUCAUAAGUUAAAUAUUCUAACUGUGUAUUUAUUUGUAAUUUAUUAAAAUGUGUUUGUACCUAAUCAAUGUGUAAAGAAGUGUUUAUCAAACAAACAUGCUCUUAUUGUUUUUAAUACAGUGUGAUUAAUAUUUUGAAAUUAAAACUAGUGCACAAAAAAAUAAUUCAAUAAGAUAUAUGAAUAAUCGAAAAAGAAAGAUCUUCGCCCUUG